AUGAAAACCUUGCUACGGCACGCGAGCAAAGGCCAUGGUAUCAUCAGCGGCUCCGGGCCACCAUCUUUCUACCUGAGCGAAAGCGAAGUGGUAUUUCACCGUAUCGGCACGCUAGCACCAGCCCCAGCAGACGACCCAGUCUUUGCCCAGAUUCUAUUUCUGGCUCCGACGAAACGCAUUGAAGCCCGACGAAGAUUCAACGGACCGCCUGAAGAAGUUCGACGUCUGGACUCAGCGUAUCAGCAGAUUGUUCCUGUACUCGACGGCAUGCUACGACUCCACAAAAGGCGUGUCAAACUGUUCUUGACAGCACAAGAAUUCAUGAACAGUGAUGCGUCUCACAUGUACCAGCUGCGUUUACUUGCACCGCGCAAUCGAGAUCCGAGAACCUACAACUUACCGACCCAAGACGAGGUGGCCGUCAUUCUACCCGGAGAAGUACCGAUCUUCAACAAGAGAUCGUCGUCCGGUUACGUCACUGAUGGUCACCCUGCACUCAUGCCACGAAAUGGGUAUGUGAGUGCCAUGAGUGCAGGGUGACCAUCAUGAAUGAGUUGAAUUCUGCGGCUGUUAUUGUUUGGCGAGUGAUGUAAAGAUCGGUACUUGUUGUUCUCGGGGCCGAUGAUCUCGAAGUGGUCCGCGUGUAAGGCUUUAUACUUAGACUGGGGGGGAUCCGAUAGGAGUGGAUAGUACCCGUCGGGUCUAAGUCUGGCACUCCUAUCGGAUCCCCCCCAGUCUAAGUAUGAAGCCUUACACACGGACUACUCCGAGAUAAUCGGUCCGGAUAACGUUAUCCAAUAGACCACCAAGAUACAUGCCCUUAUAAACCACAAAACACGCCGUGAGUGGAGCGGAGCGUUCUUCGCAGUUCCCCGACGAGUCCAGCUCCGGACGCGCCCUUUCUUGAACCAUGCAGGUCCGACUACGUUCACGUCCCCACUGGUCGACGAAAACGGCAAUCCGUGGCCCCGCCUGUUCGCACGUUUCACGGACACGAAAGAGAGCGACGUCGUACGAUAUGUUCACUUGGCGAUUGAGGCACAGCGACACUCGGGUAAAGUCAGUUUCGACGUUGUCGAGCGACUCCCCGGAGGAUGCGAUUCUCCAGGCGGUACAAGCCCACCUCGACAAGCACUUCGAAGACAUGAUCGACGUUCCUACCGGAUCAUGCAUCUCCAUCCCCACCGAUUCAAGCACACUUCAUGAUCAGUGCAAGGUCCUGGAAGCGAUUCGAUAG